AUGAUUUUAUUUAAAUCUCUUCCAUGGUUAUUUUUAAUAUAUCUUCCAUCAACAAAAAUUUUUGCACAAAUUAUACCUUAUUAUUUAGCUUAUCAAAGAAGUUUUCCAAUUGUUACAACAUGUCCAACAGAUCGAUAUUAUGAUAUUGCCUUAUUACAAUGCUCACCUUGUCCAACAUUUGCUAUACAAAAAACCAGUGAUAAAACACAAUGUGAAUGUUUAAAUAAUACGUAUUAUUAUGGUGUUAAUCAAGGUGGUGGUUCAUUGAUUUGUUCACCAUGUGAUCCAGGAUAUGUACGAUCAACUGAUGGAUUCGGAUGCACUUUGAAUAAUACAGCUUGUAAUACGGCAGAUUCAAGAGUAGUUAUAUCGGAAUCAAAUCUUGAUGGUAGUUUAUAUACACUCGGUACAUCAUCAGCUCAACCAAGAUAUGGUAAUGACACAUGUACAACAUGUGCAAGUGGUACAUGGUCUGAUGUGGAUAGUCAACGAUGUAGUCCAUGUGCUAAUGCCACUCCGCAUAUUGGACCACCACCUUCAACAAUCACUUGCUGUCUGGCGUCUAGUAGUAAUAUGAAAGAUGGUAUGUGUUUAACUUAUGUAAUUAAUGCAACGGGUUUUAGUUUAUCACCUAAUUAUUUCAAUAGAUUUAAUAGUCCCACAAUAUCUUCAUUUUUUCAACAACAUCUCGAUGCAGCUGUAUAUCUUUGUCGAAUGAAUUUAAAUUCAACAACAAUUCAAUCAUCUAACCGUACUCUUUUAUCGAAUGGAACAGCAUGUCAAGUAUUAGCUAAUAUUGUUGCAAUGCAAUUUUAUUAUCCAGAAAAUAAUUAUGCUUAUGAUCUAUAUCAAAGAUAUAUAUGGGAACCAACAUCUCCACAAACAUGGACACCUUCAUCGAUACGAACAUCAAUACCAUUUCUUGCUUAUCCAUCUACAUAUUAUGCAGAAAUAAAUAAUUCAUCAUAU